AUGUCGAUUCUUUCCGUCGGUGAUGUGCAAGAGGAGACGGCAGCUUCAUCCGAGUUCCAAAAAUCCUAUUUGCUAUCUCCCCUGUAUUCUUGUGACACGCCUGUGCUCCGUUUCUUGCUUGAUGCGUCGAAAACUCCAGCGUCGCUUCAGGGUUCAUGGGAAAACGAAAAAUUCCUUCCGCCUCUAGACGGUGCAUUGCGAAUUCCCUUCCCAGCAGUCAGUGACGCCCCCCCUCCCCCCUCUCCCGGAAAAUCAGAGAAUCCUCACGGUCAUGCAGAGGAGCCACCUAGAACUCGGCUUGCAUCCGGAGCGACUGGCAUCAAAAAUGAAGCCUGCAGCAUUUCAAGUCGGUCGCAUCGACAGCAGCAGCGGCAGCAGCAACAGUCAAGAAGCCCGCAGCAACGCAAUCAGGAACUGGUGGCUGCGCGGCGAGAGCAGCAGCAGCAGGUAACCGUGGCGCAUAAUGAAUGGCGCUGCGCAGAGCGCAUGCAGCGGGUAACUGCGCAUCAGCAGGAACGACACCUUGAAUCCGACUUGAGGCAAGUGCUGCUGAUGCGUCCUGGUAGCGGAGUGCAAGUUCCCUUUCAGGGACAAAACCGACAAGUUGUUGGGCUUUCGUUUUGCCCCCAUCGCCUUGCCAGCAUCUACAACCUGUCCAUACGCUACUGGGACGAAGGCUGUGCCUCUUUAGCUGCCAGGACACUGAAGAGCGCUGUGCAGAUGCUGCAACAAUAUGGAUUGGUUGGGGGCUGCGUUGCACACACUUGGGACGCCAUGCAGCUGCUAGGAGGCUCAAAGCAGCAGCGCCCGCUGGGACCAGCAGAAGCUGCUGCACCCCCUACAGGCCUCGGCAAACGCAAGCUAGACAUGAAGAACAGAUAUAUAAGGUCGAGAGUCUUCUUUUCCCGCCGAAUGUUCGUCGCUGCAGAAAGGGAGCUCGAGGAGGUCAGGGGCCAUCUUGGGUCUCUUCUUUGCCGAGCAAGUUUGAGAGGAUACGCCUCGGCGGUUUCAGGGAAUGCAGAGCGAAGGUGUUCUCGCAUUAAGGAAGCUCUGGCGAGAGUGGAAGAUGACUUGCUCUUGCUGCAGGAGCUACAGGCUCGUGAGCGAGGUAACGCUUCUAGUUUCUCUAGUGGCUCUGUUAUGGAGCAAAGAUCCACGAAGGUGAAGAUGAGUACAAUUCAACUCUACCGUGCUAGUGGCCUUUUAUCUAGCCGAGAUAUGCGUUGA